AUGGGAAUGACAAUUGACGACGACUCGGAGGUUUUGAUAGGCUACUUCGCCUCGUCUCAUGGUGAGGCGAACCAAGGAACCAUCGUCCAAUGCCCGGGCGCGGUUCCCAGAUCGCCACGGUAUUACUGCACGGGCUUACCUACUUCAUACCUACGGGUAGUUUUUUUAGUGAUGGGUAACGGGCGAACAAAUAAGGGCUGUGUGUAUGUGGUCUUUGACGAACACAACCGUAUGGAGCAAGGCGAAAAACAAAGAAUCCACUCUUACCAGUGGCGCAACACGUGCCCUUCGGAGAUUCCCAUUUGUUAGGCGAUAUCUAACUCGAGUAAUAAUGAGGGGGUUUUACGUCUUGAA